AUGUGGAGCUAUAUGGCUAUUUUCUCUAUGCUCUACCUUAAAUUUCCUCCGUUUCCCACAUUUGUUGAAGGUGGGGUUGUGGGUGGUAUGGCUGAAUGCCUAGGCCCACUACCUGAGAAGUGGAAAGGUCUUUACACACACCCCGGCGGACUCGAUUCAUGGUAUGAUCAGUCUCAAUCUCCUGAUCCAGAACAUAUCAUUGCCGAGAAAAUCGCGUAUUUCCGUCCCGAUGCUGAUCUGACCGAGCGGCAACUUGUGGAAUCCGUCAUGUUGAAAGUCUUUAUCUAUGAGCCGGAAAAACGGCUGACGGCAAAGGAACUCUUACUAGACCCUUCAUUCAGGGCCAUCAUGGAGCGUUAUGUAUCCAUGGAUGUUGUAGCAAAAUACGAGCACAAUGAUGCAAAUGAUGCAAAUGAUGCAAAUAGU